AUGGAAGAGCGUCCUGCUUUCCCCAGUCAUGAACCGACGAACACCACUGAGAUGCGAGAUGGCUCGCCACAGGCACAGACCCAUCAGGAAUCGAUAAGGGCGCCCAACAGAGACAAUGGGGCAGACUCGGAUCACCAAGUUAACGGUAACUAUCCGAGCGGAUUCCCCACAGUUGACCAACCCGCACUGAUUGAGGAUAUGGUAGCGCGUGUUGUCCUUCAUGAAAGCCGCCCCAUCGAAAAUCUCCCAAAGAUGAUUUCCCCAGAACUGAAGCUGAUUGGUCGCUGUGUUACCUUUCAAGUAAAGCGGUCACCCAAUGGGGCACCAGGAGAUCCUUACUACUAUACCGGACUUGUGUCCGCUGUGACAGCGAACACUGCGACCCUGAUGCACGUCAACCGUUAUACGCACGACGACUUCAAGACAUACCAGUCGCGGGAGCAGCGCCUGGCAAAGGGAAAGGUCAGCACUGUAGGGAAAGACCGCGAUGUCGGCAGCCAUAGAAGGUGCCCAUUCGACCAGGAGCCCACGGCCCCGUCCAGCAGCUUACCGGCACCCUCAACAAACCACGGCUUAUCUUUUUACGGCUACAGCGCUGACGGUGAGGUCGGCGUAGCCGAGGAUGGCGGGAUCUCAAACGCACUGGAUCCCCCAGCAUUGCUAGACUUGCACGCCUCCGGUAGCUUAGCCCCAUUGGCUGCCCUGAUAACAGAUACCCAGCUGUACGCCGUUGGGCCCUUGGAACAAGAGCAGCAGCAACAACCUCGGAGAAAUCACACACCACUCGAGGUGAACCAGCAACUGUCGAGGGCAAGUGGCGUUGCAUGGUGCAAGCAGUUUCGAGCAUUUGACGGAUCCAUCGGCCCCAUCCCGUACGUCACCUUCUUGCGCAAGAGCAUCCACAACGUGGCAUUCGGUCGCGACCCGCGCAGCAGCUUCUACUCACUCUUCAAGGACCCUUCCAGGCACACGAGAGACAUGCAGGUCCUGCGCAUGUUUGUGCGCCGCUACCUGGUGCACACGAGCCAGGGCAACAACCCGCGCCAGGUGCUGCUCUACGCAUUCCUCUCUGUCCGAUGCGCGUGGCCGGAUGUGGACCGUGAGCUGGUGAAUCGUGUGGCGCUCGAGGAGCUUCCCACUCUCCUCAAGGCCGACUGCGCGAUUGAGAAGGAAAGGAGGCGGAAGCUCCUUCGCGAGCGGUACCGGGAGCAGGAGGUGCAGCACUAUCGCGCGCCUGCCGGUCUCUUUUCGAAUACAGGCAUUCUCUACCUCACUAAGAUUCCUCAACACUCGUUCAUCGCCGGCAUCGUCUUGAUCUUGUUUGCUCUGUUAUUUGCCAUUUACCUCGGGGUAGUUUUCGGCACCACCAAAGACGCUAUCAUCCUAAGUUAUGUGCGAAAAUUUAUGUUGCCUUUUGUCAUCUCGCUUGUGACGUGGACUGUCGCUGGCGCGGCGAUCAUGUUGCACGCCAGAACCGCUCACAUUCCUCUACUUGCGGACUAUUUGGGACUUGGCUUGCGAAUCGUGGGGUCUGUGGCGUCCAUUGGGUGUUGUAUCAUGACGCUGCUUGUCGUGUUCUGGAGAAUGACGAGGGAAUCCAUAUACCUCCUCGCGGUGGAGCACAAGGAAACCGAGCUUUGCUCCUUCUACGCACGUCAUAGUUGUACCGGUUUAUUCGUAGCGUGUGACCUUGGUGCUGCCGACCCGGAGCUGUGCCUGUCGUGUGUCAGGAUGCCGGUGACAAACACUAGCUGCUACUCAUUUCUAUGGACGCAGAUUGAGCGGGCUGUGAUUCCCCUCCUGCUGUUCAGCGCUAUUAUUAUGGUGGACGUGGUGUACACUACGUACCUGGUCGUAAAGAUGCUUCUCUUUGUAGAGGUGCUGAUGGGCCGCAUUAUGUGA